AUGCCCUAUAAAAUACUCCGGAUGAAAAAUUCGCUCGAGACACGUAAAUCAGAAGGGAUAUUACUGGCGGAUGAAAGAAAUAGAUUAAGGAUAGGAGAGCUGUAUCGUUACAAGUUUUCGGUGAAUAAAAAUGAGCUCAAAGAACAAGGGAUAGAUGUAUCGCAACUAUUCGUGAGAAUUAAAAACGAAGAAAGUCCCCUGCUCCGGCCAGUGUAUUUGACCGGGCCGUAUUCCUUUUACGUUGAUAUUAGACCGCAUAAUUACAAUGAGAACCGCAAGUUUCGAGGGACAGAGGCUAUUCCGUUUAUUGAAAACUUGAAACCAGACGAAAGGUUUAAAGUAAAGAUAUUACUGAAUCGUAAUUCCAGAGUUGGUAGUAGUUCUAUUUAUUCGUGGACUAUAGACAUUGUUUCGCAAUUAGCGGUGACCACGAUCCCGAGGUUGGAAUUCACUUUUAGAAUAGGAACGACAAGGAAAGUGGUCAAGAAAACUAACGGUCCGUUUAAAAGUGUUGAAGGUGUUGCUUUGGAGAUAUGGGACACUAAAACUCUUUGGGAUUUGCCACCAAAAUAUCCAGAAAAGCCCGUACAUCUGGUUAUAGUGACACAUGGGAUAUUCGCCAAUAUUGGGUGCGAUAUGUUAUAUAUGAAGGAUAAACUUGAAGAAAUGACGUUCCCCAUGGACGAGUCUAUUAAUCCAAAUAUAAUUGUUCGAGGUUGUAUGGAUAACGUGGGCAAAUCUAGUCAUGGUAUACAUUGCUUAGGUGUAAGAGUUGGAAAGUAUGUUCUUGAAAUUGUUGAUGAGUUGAACAAGAAGUACAGAGUAAAUAAAAUAUCAUUCAUUGGGCACUCCCUGGGGGGUCCAACCCAAUCUAUGGCAAUCCGCUACAUAACCGUGAAAAGACCAGAUUUUUUUGACCCAGUGAAAGGUGUCAAACCCGUUAAUUUUAUUACGCUAGCGAGUCCCUUCAUCGGUGUCAUUGGUGAUUUUCCCUUCUAUUUGUCUGUUCCACUUGAUAUGGGCGCCCUUGGGUUGACAGGAAGAGACCUAAAUUUGAAAUAUACACCCUUAACAUCCAGAGAUGGGUUAUAUACCGAUGAUGAAGCAUAUUCGGAACGUUCAAAAUAUAUACUAGAAAUCCUUCCACAAGCACCAGCUAAAAAAAUAUUUGAAGCCUUUAAGAGAAGAACAGUCUAUGCCAAUAUCAUGGAUGAUGGUAUUGUUCCCUUAAGAACCGCUGCCCUUUUGUAUUUAGACUGGCGAGGUAUACAUAAAGUUCAAAAAAUUAGGAAAGAGAAUAAAAAGUCUUCAAAGUCCAAGGGAUACGAAUCCUCGGUGACACCAGAGAGUAAAGAAGUAUCGCCAUUAUCUAACGAAAAUGGCCAUAAUGUUGGGGAGAUUCCUGCAGAAAGUCCUAAUAAGAAGGCAACCUUACAAUGGACCCUACCACAGGCUGUCAUACAUGGAGGCAGGAUAAAUAAAUAUACAAGAGGUCAAACUAAUGAGGCUGUCUCGGAUUCGGAUAGUGAACAAGGAGUAACCACUAAUGAUCAAAAAUUCGAGCCUCCAAAAGAAGCUAAUACCUUAUUAUCCGCGUUAUCGGUACUGACAGCGUCUAUACCAGAUCAAGAAUAUAUUAAAAACCCUGCCGUAAGGAAAGAUGAAAUUGUUCAUGACAAACUUUAUCAUCCAGAAGAAUUGCCUCCCUUACAUUACGAGAAUAGGCCCAUAGUUAAAAAGCUUAUAUAUCCUAAUGAGAGUGUCAAUAGGAUUCAAGAGCGUAUUGCCAGGGAAUGGCAGGAAACGAUGACUUGGAGGAAGGUCUUGGUGCAGAUCAAACCAGAUUCACAUAAUAAUAUUAUAGUGAGAAGACGAUUUGUCAAUCUGUAUGGUUACGUUGCCAUCGAACACAUGGUUGAGCACCAUUUCGGUACCAAAGUUUGUAGCGAGCUUGUUGAUGAUCCAAACGAACCAAAAGAUGAACCAGACCAGCCUCGACAGUCGGACCAGUCAAAUGGGCGCAACAAGCCUAGCAAAUCGGAAAAGUAUUGA